UUUCCAUCUUCAUCACUAAUUAAGCUGCUAAAAUCCCAUCUUUUCUCCCUAUAUAUACUCUUAAUUAUCUGUUUUGCUGAAACACCAAUCUGAACAAAAAAAAAAAAAAAUCCAAAGAAAAUUUAAUUUUGCAAAAAAAAUAAAAAAAUAGAAGAGUGAAAUGGCUGAGGAAAACUCUAUUAACAGUGAGUGUUAUGAUUUGAGCUCUCUUCUUUCUUCUGAGGAGAGAGAUUUCCUCAUUCGCAACAAUGGUGAUAAGGUUACCAUCAAAGAUUUGAGUGGGAAGAUAUUGGCUUUGUAUUUCUCUGCUUCAUGGUGCCCGCCUUGCCGUGGUUUCACCCCAAUUUUGAUCGAAGUAUAUAAAGAGCUCUCUUCAAAAGGGGACUUUGAAGUUGUCUUUGUUUCAUCUGACUUUGAUGAAGAGUCUUUUCAGAAUUACUUCUCUAAGAUGCCAUGGCUUGCCAUUCCAAUUUCUGAUGAAGCCACAAUUAAGAGCCUCGGGGAAAAAUUCAGUGUGAUGGGAAUCCCUCAUCUUGUGAUCCUUAACAAAGACGGAAAGGUCUCGACUGAUGAAGGGGUGAAAGUGGUCAAGGAACAUGAAGCCGAAGCAUACCCGUUCACCCCAGAUAGAAUUAAUCAAUUGAAAGAGGAGGAAGAGGCUGCAAAGAGAAACCAGAGCUUGACAAAUCUGUUGGCUCAUGGACCUCGGGAUUAUGUGAUCUCGAACGAUGAAAAGAAGGUUCCAAUAACCGAGCUUGAAGGAAAGAUGGUUGGGCUCUAUUUCUGUGUAGGCUCUUAUAAGCCAUGCACUGAAUUCACUCGAAAACUAGUAGAGGUUUACAAGUCACUCAAAGAGAAUGGCGAGAACUUUGAGGUUGUGUUAAUCUAUUUGGAUGAGGAUGACGAAGGAGGAUUCAAAGAAGGGUUGGCAGAAAUGCCAUGGGUUGCUUUACCCUUCAAGGAUAAGAAGAUUGCACGUCUUGUUCGGUACUUUGAGUUAAGAAACAUUCCCAGGCUGGUCAUUAUUGGGCCAGAUGGGAAGACUCUGAAUCCAGAUGUUGUGGAACUGAUAGAUGAGCAUGGUGCUGUGGCUUAUCCUUUCACUCCAGAGAAGUUGGCUGAGCUUGCUGAGAUCGAGAAAGCCAAACUUGAGUCACAGACCCUUGAAUCGAUACUGGUUUCUGCAGAAAAGGACUAUGUUGUUGACAAAAGUGGAUCUAAGGUCUCUGUGUCUCAGCUUGUUGGAAAACAUGUGCUUAUAUACUUCUCUGCACACUGGUGCCCACCAUGUCGUGCUUUUACACCAAAGCUUAUUGAGACAUACCAUGAAAUCAAGGCGAAGGAGAGCGCAUUUGAGAUCAUAUUUGUCUCUAGUGAUCGCGAUCAGUCCUCAUUUGAUGAAUACUAUUCACACAUGCCUUGGUUAGCCCUCCCAUUUGGCGAUGAGAGGAAGGCUUAUCUGUCUCGCAAGUUUAAAGUUAAGGGUAUCCCAUGUCUUGUGGCUAUUGGACCUCAAGGUAAGACAAUUACUACUGAAGCCAGAGAGCUCAUAGGAUCCCACGGGGCAGAUGCAUUUCCCUUCAAUGAGGGUCACAUGAAAAAUUUAGAAGAAAAAAUUGAGCAGAUGGCAAAGGGAUGGCCUGAGAAAUUGAAACAUGAGCUUCAUGAACACGAGCUUUUGAAGGUACGCCGUGAUGGUUAUUACUGUGAUGGAUGUAAUAAUCCGGGGCAUAGCUGGUCUUUUUACUGCAAGGAGUGUGACUUUGAUCUUGAUCCCAAAUGUGCCUUAAAGAAAGAGGCACAAGCAAAAGAUGAAGAGAGUAAGAUCGAGAAUAAGGAAGAAUAUAUUUGUGAAGGUGAUGUUUGUCGUAAAAUCUAGAAGUGCACCUAAACCUCUAUUCUAGACAUUCACAUAAUUUACCAAAUAACUGUAGAUCUUUGGAUCAUCAGGCUGUUAUCUUUCUUGUUGGAUGCGCUUGGGCAUUAGUUGCGAGUUUCACAAAGUAUGGAUACUUCGAUGUAUGUGGUGAUUUGUAACUCGUGAUGCUUUACGAAUAUGAUUUAUCUAUUGUUCAUUUGGUAUGUGAUUAAA